CAGGAAGGCUUCCAGGAAGUAGCUGCUGCGGCUGCAGAACUUGGAAGGGAGUGAGGGCAGAAGGCGGAGAGAGGUUGCAAAGGUGAAGGAAGGUGACACAUUCUCCUCUCCUUGAGAACCAUGUGGGACCCCAAUUCAGGCCAGCCAGGUGCCUACCCAGGAGCUGCCUAUCCUCCCAACCCAUCAUAUCCAGCGGGCUUCAACCCUGCCCACCCCCCUCCUGUGAAUCCUGCCUUUCCCCCAGGUCCAGUACCUGUUGGCCCAUAUCCUGGGCCCCCAGCAGGGAUCCCCGGGCAACCUGCAUACCCACCAGGUCAUUCUAUCCUGCCCCCGUAUUCUGGACACCAACCUGGUUACCCUGUCCCCCCUGGCGGUCCUUACCCCCCACCUGCCCCAGGUAUGCCUGGAGGGAUGGGGGUGAAUCCUUUGCUGCCGGGGGCUGUUGCCAUGGGGACCCAUGGGAUGGAUAAGAAGGCAGCGAAGAAGAUGAAGAAGAAGAUGAAGAAGGCGCACAAGAUGAACAAGCCACACAAGCACCACAAGAUGCAUGGGAAGCAUUCCUCCUCCUCUUCCAGCAGCAGCGACUCCGACUGAAGCCUGUUCCUACCUUCCAGACCUAUCCUCUUUCCGCAAACGCUGAUCCUUGCGCCAGUCUUCCUGCUUCCAACAAGCGCUGAUCUACUUAACUGUCACCAGAUAACAAUGAGGACUGCUUGUGGGUCACCCAUUAUUUACAGGGUUUGGCCAAAGUUUAUCCCAACGGCAUGCACAACCUCCUGCAAAGUCUGAUGGGAACUCUGGUGCUGAUGAUUUAAGCAGGGUUGGUGGGAUCAGCAAAUGAGUUUUAAGAAAGUCAGAAUGUGAGGCCACCAAUUGGCUUAAGUAAAGUUCAUCUGCAAAUGUGUGGCAGCUUUUGCUCUUCUGAAAUGUAGGCUGUUCAAAAUGGCAGCCAAUCAGGUUGUUUCUCGGCACCCUGAAGCUUUCUGAUUGGCUUCCUCAGGCAGUUGGGGUCCAACUGAAUGGAUAAGAUGUGCUUUAAGUGACAAACAAGCGGACCUUCAGAUGGCGUUGUACUAGACCUCCCAUCAUCCCUUAUCAUUGCCCAUGCUGGCUGGGACUGAUGGGAAUGGUAGUUGCAACAACAUCUAGAUCAGGGUUUCGCAAACUUGGGUCUCCAGCUGUUUUUGGACUACAGUUCCCAUCCCACUUGUCCUGCUAGCUAGGGAUGAUGGGAGUUGCAGUCCAAAAACAGCUGGAGAACCAUGUUUGGGAAACCCUGAUCUAGAGUGUCAAAGCAUAGCCACCCUUACUUUAGGCUGAGGUUUGAACGGGAGGUGAUGGAUCCAAAUAGGCCCAAGAAUUUCAAAAAAUGGCUCCUGCUCCUCAAUAUGAUCGUCUUUCCUGUGCUACCUGGGGAAAUGGCAGAUAGAAGCGAAGAGAUUCGGAAAGUGUGUGUUGCUUAUUUAAUAUAAGGUUGAAUGAUAGGUUUCUUAAUAUUGCAGAUAAAAUGUGCUUGAUCAGGGAUGAUUAUGCUCCAUUGUGCAAACAUUUCAGUAGCUUUAUUACAUUAUUUCAGAGGCAUGAUUCAUUUUUUUAAUAUAACUGAGGAUGAAAAUCUUGUUAGGGGCGUGUUUCAGAAAGCUUAAAUACUAAACUUAAACAUGGGGAAAUAACACAUCGGUCGUUUACGUCAUGUUUAAUUGUAAUGCUAUAACCAUGGGCACAAUUUUUGGUGGAUUAAAGUGGGUAUCUGAUCCAAGAUGGCUGGAGUAUCUUAAUGAAUUGCCAAAAAACUAGGAUCGCACAUCCUCCCCUGUAAUGAUAGAAGGCUCUAAGCCGUUGCACUUGGAGGGAGCAUGUUCUCUUUUUAACUCACAAUUGCUCUUUUUCCCUGCAGAAAGGGGCUACUUAGGGAACAACCAGAUGUGCUGGGAGAAUAAAAGGAACAAGUUGCAGUUGACCAACCAGUUAAAAAGUGCAAAGAGAGUCUAAGCAAAAUGACUUCACACAGCUAUCCUUUAAAACUCUUCCUUGUUCUGACAAUUGUUAGUGUUUUAGUAUUUUGGUUUAAUAUGUAUUAAAUGCAUAUUAAAGGCCACCCUGGGAUCUUUGCAAGACGAGCGGGUUACAAAAGUUCCAAAUAAAUAAUUUUUAAAAAUAUCAUGGUGCAUGUUUUGAGAGUGUGCGGGAAAGCUUUGUGGAGUAUAAACAGCAAGUUUAAGCGUGUCAGGGAUUCUCCAGAUUGUUCGACAAAGAAAGGGGGAGCAUCGCUGUGCAAUAUCCAGUGCACAUUAGCAGAUCAUAAUUGUCAACAUGCUAAUUACUGUGUAUCGGGAUGAAUCAUCUUCUGCUUGUUUAUUUCCUUUUGACACUUUGCUAUUAUAAUUCAGCAGUUGAAUAACGGCAGUUACAAAAAUGACUAGGCUAAUCCUGGGCCUGAUCCUGUGCUGGUGUAAAGCAGAUACUGUUUUGUACAUUGACACAAUCUCCACACGUGGACCUUGCUGACAAACAACAACAUUUGUGGAUAAAAUGUACAUUUGCCUUGUGCCUUCCCCACGUCAGUCUCUUAAAACCGGUCCAAUAAAUGUAAAUGUCACC